AUGUUGUUGUUUCGCUCCUUAUUGGCUGCUGUGUGGUUGUCAUCGUUGGUGAAUGCCGGCAAACUGGGCUUGGUCUCAUCUUCCACUGCCCUGGAAGACGACGGCGACCACGGUCAUGGUGGUGGCAAAGGUGGGUUUUGCCUGGAAAAGGGCAUUCACUGCAAAGGUGGCUUUGUCGCCGAGAUGGGUGGCUGCAUCAACUGUGAAGGACAUGUCAAGGCCGGAUUCCACAAAACGUGCAAGGCGGACGAGAUGGCCGACGAUUUGGAACGUCACAUCAAGGGUCAAGUCCAGGAUGCCUUGAUGGACGACAAGGUACUCUUUGCGCCCGAUGAUGCCUCUCGAUCCAUGAUGGAAGCCUACGAUGACCCAGCAUUUGUGGACAGUCUGGAAGUUGGCACGGAAAAGACGGUCGAGUUUGGAGGCUAUAUGAUGGCUGGAUUUGGAUGCAAGGUGACCUUUAAGAAGACGGACAAGGGAAUUGAGAAAUUUGCCGAUUGCGGAGGCAAGUUCCACAAGGGACACGGAAAGAAACCUUGGGAAGAAGUGGAUUUGGAGGUUUCCUUUUAA